AUGUACCUCUUGGUCCAGUUGGCCAGAACCGUUCGCCUGUCAGGCGCCAAAUGGUUGCUGUUCCUGGACAGAGACUCCGUCCUGGAGCACUUCUUCGCAGACGCGGAUAUCCCCUUCGACUGCGAGCUGCUGGUGGCGCAGCCGGGGGAUUCCCGUCACGUCAUGCUAUCCGAAGUGUAUCGCGUUAGCUCCUCACUCCCCCUGCAGACACAUCGCCUAGGCAACUGGACUCCUGUCGGCGCAUUCUCCUGGCCAACACAGACUUUCUACGGGAGGAGGAAUACCUUGCAAGGACUUGUUCUCAAGACAGGCACAAUCGAGCACCUGUUGACAGUAAUUACCAAAGAAGAGAACAAGAAGCCGAUGGAGGUUGGGGGAUAUUAUGGCGAUAUUUGGAGUGCGCUGAAGAAUCAGAUGGACUUUAAGGCAGAUUACUACACCCCGAAAGACGACAGUUUCGGUGUAAAACUUGACAACGGAUCUUGGAACGGGGUGGUGGGCAUGGUCGUGGGGGGCGGCGUGCACGUGAGCAAUGCGGCCUUCAUGUACAACGCACCUCGGAUGCGAGCUGUGGAUUAUCUGGACCCGAUGUCAGUUGACAGAAUGGUGAUAUACGUGCGGAAAGCCGAUUCCACGGAUCUGGUGUGGAUGAGUUUUCUCGCGCCCUUCAGCCUCGACGUCUGGGUGACCCUGAGUGCCAGCCUGUUCUUGCUUUCCGCUGCUUCGCUUCUGCUGGACCGGGCGUCGCCCCAUCGUCGCAGACAGGAGGAGGAAGGUCUUCUGCUGGAAUUCCCUCGAGCACUGUUCUCCGUACUCAAGCCUUUCUGCUGGCAAGGAAGUACUGACGACCGGGUGGAGGUGUCAUGGCGCGUGAUUCAAUUGACGGCUAACCUCACAGCGCUCGUCAUAGUGGUCAGCUACUCUGCGUCCGUUCUAUCCCGUAUCAUGACAAGCAAAGGGAAACUUCCUUUCAACAGCUUUGAGGAAUUUCUCGAACUUGGCACCUACACACUAGCGGUGGGACGUCACGGGGGUCAUUUUACUCACUUCCAGAUUUCUGGUGACCCCGUGCUGAGGGCGGUGUACGACAGACACAUGGCCCCCUACGUCUCUUCCUUCCCCGAGGGAGACUUGGAGGCACUGAACAUGGCCUGUGCCCGUCACAACUUCGCUGCAGUCGAUCUGAAAAACAUUUUGCCGUAUUAUUCAGAUAAAUUGAUCUGCAGUCUCGAAGAAGUCCCCAAGGCAGUUCAUAACAUGCACCGAAGUGGAAUUCUCGACGCCAUUAGCAAGAGAAACACCAAAAAACUCACGCCCAUCACAGGACUGGAAUUCAAGAGCGUCUCUCUCACGCAAGUGACACCCGUUUUGGUCCUUCUGACGACUGCAGCUGUGGCUGCAAUGUUGCUGUUAACGCUUGAAAAUAUUAUAUUUCGGAUAAAUCUACGCUUCAAUAAAUAUAAUCGAAAAGACUAAGUUUCCCAACUAAAAUAAACAACGUGCGUUUUGGAAUAUACCGUCAGUUACAUUUAUUCCGUGCAUUUAUGCGUUCUGUACACAAAAUGAUUGUAAUAAAUGUAUAAUGCUCACACCGUGUUCGACUUUUCGUCUACGUGUUUCAUAUCAAAAUUACUGAACCGGUUUAAAUAGACUUUUGUGUACGUUAAUACUAAAUCUACGUUAGGUGAACGCCAUAUUGGUUUGCAGUGGUCCCAAUAAAAUAAACAUUAUUUUCUGAAGUUUAAAUUAAGUUCACCAACUUUCUGAAACACAGCAAUUUCGUAGAAAAUUUCGGCACAAAGCACAGCUCUAAAAUUACUUGUCCAAGUUCUUUUUUAUCUUUAAACGUUCAUGAACAAUCUUGUGUUACAAUUUGUUAUCACAAUAACGUCUAAAAAACAGUAUCUUUCAAGUGUAAGCGACGUCGUUGGUUGUACCAACAUAAACAUGACAUGAGGGCCAUGGAAUACAUAAAACUUGGAACAUGUUCAUAUUCCGUUCAUAUUCUGCCCUGUGAGUUCGCAUUUUCUUCAAAGACCACGCAGUAUAUGUUAAGCAACAGGAGUGAAGAAAUAAACUCGACAUCAAAGGCCUGGAUAUUUCGUUCUGGCUAAGUAAAUACUUCAGAUGUCCUUCUGUAUAUUCAAACGCUUUUCAUACUAAAUACGUAAAGCCCUACAUACAGCAAUAAAAUAAAUAUAUGCGCUUCGUA